GCAAGGUCGAGAGAGAGAACGGGUAACAUUAAAAACCAAAGUGGCUCCGAGCGGUCCGUUAGUUGGUUGGUAGACAUGGCUGUUAAAUUUAACUUUUUACUCCUCUUCUGCUUUGCAGGUUUUGUUGUUGGAGCAAACAGAAAAACCCCACCAUCCCGCCAACCAAUUAGAGAUGAAGAAAUUCUUCUUGAUCAGGAAUGCCCCGAACCCGAAGGAUUUUUCGCCGACACCGAACAAUGUGAUAAAUACUACGAUUGCAGAGAUGGGGUUGCAACCCCUAAAUUAUGCGACGAUGGGCUAGUUUUUAACGAUUUUAGUGCUGAUUAUGAGAAAUGUGAUUUACCCUUUAACAUUGAUUGUUCACAUAGACCCAAAAUGCAACAACCACAACCAAGCCAACAUUGCCCAAGAAAACACGGUUAUUUCGCACACGAACAAAAAAAUGUUUGCGACAAAUUUUAUUAUUGCGUCGAUGGUAAAUUUAAUAUGAUAACGUGCCCUAAUGGAUUAGUUUAUAAUGAAAGAGCUGGAAUUUGUUCUUGGCCCGAUGAGGCUAAGAGGGAAGGAUGUACAUCUGAGGAGGUUUUCCAAUUUGAAUGCCAGAAAGUUAACGAAACCGUUGGAUUAACACAUCCAAGGUACGCAGAUCCUGAAGAUUGCCAAUUUUUCUAUGUUUGUAUAAAUGGAAAUGUACCAAGAAGAAACGGUUGCAAAUUAGGACAAGUUUUUGAUGAUGUUAAGAAGACGUGUAGUUGGCCCAGACUUGUUCCGGAAUGCAAAGAUUGGUAUAAAGGCCAAUUCACCGAUGAAGAAUUAGCAGCUUUGGAGAACCCCCCCACUGCGAAACCACGACCAAUUCGCAGGAAAGGCGUUAAAAGACCAGUACAAGAGGAAUAAAAUAACAUUAUUUUUAAUUCUUUUAGUUUCCAUAUUGUGAAACUUAUUUAUAAAAAAAAACUUAUUGUAUUUUUUUUUGUAAUAGUUUCAAAAUAAAUUUUUCCACAC